AUGGAGUCUCGGCCGUACCUAGGAGAGAGGCAUGCCACGGCAGAUUUUACGGAAGCAGACGAUGAUGACGAUGAUUCCGUUGGCGAGGAUGACAUUGGCCUCUAUCAGGAUGACCCUGCCGAUGAGGAUGGCACACAGCGAGCCCCCAUCCUGCCUCUCUUCUCGGCGACCUAUCUAGUGUCGCAGUUCCUGAUCAAGCCGAUGCAACAGCAGAUACGCGCCCACCACUUUUCACGGGCCACUGUAUAUUGUUUGAUGGCGAAUUGCCUGCAGUUCUCCAAGGAAGGCCAAAUGUAUCCUGGAAAUGCCGGCACGAGUAGUACUCGAGCCAAGGUUUGCGAGCUUCUCGCUCUCAAGCUACUUAGAGAGUACUCGACCCGGGAGUUAAUUGACGUCUUGUCCUACGACUUCUACCCUCCAAGGCCUACCGGGGCGCCAGCCGGCUCAGGACUAGGCCGAGUGGACAGCAAGCUAGGGGUCAAGGCCGCCAUCGGCCGAACGUCUUCGCUCGAGGUAGCAAUCCGUGCCUCAGCCAAGCACUUCCUUGCCCAUCCCCUCGUCGUCCAACACCUGGAAGCCAUCUGGAACGGCGCCAUCAGUUUCUAUUCCGCCGCGGACAGCCUCCACCGCGACUCGGUCACCAACCAAGCCUUACCCGACUCCAAACGCCCUUCUGGCAAGUCUGAUGUUCGGACCCCUUUAUUGGGUAGUCAGUCAUCCAAGGACGACCGAAAGGAUCACCACGUAGGAAGAAGGACCGUGACCCUGUACGAUCCGCGAAAUGCAUCCUCUUUAAACUCUCCCGGCUUCGCGUCCCCCGCAGUGCUGUCCCGUAGGUCGACCCGGAUAACCACCCUGGAGCUUGUCUUUUGGUUCUGGAGCGCGGGCUUCAUGCUCGACGAAUUGGUGGGCUUCAAUGAACAGGGAUUCUCCCUUUACAUCAUGAGCUUUUGGAACAUCUUUGAUCUCGGUAUCUUGAUUCUUCUGAUUGUUUACUACUGCAUGCGUGGCUAUGGCGUAUUUCUUGUCGAUCCCCACCAUUGGAACCAGAUGGCUGUUCUCGACCACUACCCGUACUUUUCUCAGCUCUUGAUUGCGUUUCGUCUCAUGGCCGUGGACCUCGCUGCUGUGACGGUGCUGGUGCUCAUCUCGUGUAGUGGCUUCUUUAUCCUCAUGGGCUUCACCCCAGCGGCAUGGCAAGUGUUUCUGUUCGCCAUCAACACGAUAUCCAUGGUGAAGAACGAUGCCCUCUUCUCUUACAUCGCCCCAACCAACAUAUUUGCAUGGUUACUCAUGCCACUUCGAUAUUGCAUGCCUUUACGGCACUUUGUCUGGCUCAAUCGCCUAGUGAUCAAGGCCACGCAUUUCCCUCUCUUGUUCUGCAUCUUCCUCUACGAAAGGUAUUGGCUAGCGUCUUCAAUGUUCGAGCCGACGGACCUGGUGGAAAACCCAGGCCAGAGCCGACCAAGGACCAUCUCCUUUGCAGACCCGGCAAGCCGCACCGCCGUGUUUAGCCCCAACGUUAGGGUUCGUGAAGAAUCUAUCGUUGGGUUCCAAAAGGACCAUGCCCUGGAAGAGGUGUUCCGGAGAGUACCUGGCAUCACCACACUACGGAGUCAGCGAAGAAUUGAGCGGCGAAAGACGCAGAAUGCCAUCCGCACUUGGAUGGACCAACACGAUGAGGAAGGCACUUCACCGGCCAACUGGCCGACAUUGGACAGCCGUGCCCGAGGGCCGGAGUGGUCCAGACGAUUCAGCCUGGGACGCGAUCUACCCCACAGGCUAAGGCAAGUAUCCGAUGUUCGAUCAGCGGCGAGCGAUCCGGCCGAUCUCAUCUCCAAUAGCGGAAUGGGGACCUUUGCGCGCUCAGCGUACCGACCGAGGAUGAGGGCUCUCAAUCCCGAACCUCGGGACUUGACCGACGCAGACGGCGACGACGAACUAGUAACGAAUGACGAAGAGGAGGAAGAGAACGCUACAAAUGUUGGGGGCACACGCGGUUCGUCAUCUGCAGAGCUUGAUAGGUCGCCGCUCUCUCGACAGGCGCUGAAUCGCAACGUGGAUCUAGACAGCUUCGCGCCACCCGAAACGCGCUCCCCAAGGCGGUCACUCUACAUGGCUAGCCGAUCACGGCCAGUAGUCAGUCAAAGGACCUCGGUCCAACCUACAACACCGCGGGCGAUACCGAGACUAGCAGAUCCCAUCUCGCGACUCACACAAGGGCGCCGCCUCUCGUCGAUCGACACCGGACCUGGCUCGGAGAAUACUAACCUGCUCAUUGACGAUCCCAACAUUGGAGAUGUUCCCGGCAGCUUUCAGACACAGAUGGCCAUGGCCAUGAUGAAGCAAGGGGCUCAGCCGCCGAGGCAGCCGAUCGAGAUCGAAUGGGGCGGUUAG